GUGCCAAUCAUACAAUUGUGCUUAGCUCUGGGUUGCAUUAACGUAAUCAAAUUUAAGCAAGCAAGUAAAGUACUGUUGUCUUGUGGUACUCACCCUACUUAUCCUGGCAUCAAUUAUCGCUCAAAAUGGCUGCUUUGGAUAUAGCGUUUCACAUCAUACCUUUCAUACAUUGGGGCAUGAUUGUAUCGUUGUUCAUUGUAUCGGGAAUAGCAUGGUCCUUCAACCUAUGGGUCGUGCCGAUCAUUAAGAUGAACCCAUCGAAAAGCGCCAUCGCACAGCUAUUAGAGACAUCCCGACGCGGCGGAGCUUGGCUGGAGCCAUUGAAUGCAAGCUUUGCAUUUUUGUUUGGUAUAACGGCUGCUCUGAUUUCGCAGCACCCUGAUCCAAGUGUAGCUUCACAGUGGAAGCCGUUUGCGGCCUCUUUUGCUACGCUGCUUCAAGUAGCAUGGUGGGAAAGAGUGAUGAUCUUUCCGCUUGAGGGAUCAAUUGCGAAUCUAGGAAAGGGCAAGGAAAAGAGCGGGGGUGCUGAGGGAGCUUGGAUGGACCAUGAGACCAGCAAGGUCCUGCACAAGUCUCUGGAUGAGUGGUCUCGAUGGCAUGCAGUCCGCGCAACGCUGCCAUUGAUCGGAUCGCUGAUCGCAUUUGUCACGAAGCUUCAAAGUGGGGUUUGACUCGGGGAUUAUGGAAAUGAAAAUGGACAGCGAAAAACGUCUCGAUGACAUGCGUAAGCUGGUCGGAACGAUAGUGGAGGUGUAAGCAGGGACUAGUCAUGGGUCUUGGCUAUCCGCAGUACCCCAAGAAUGUAGAUAGAGUGGAGAACAGCUGAACAGCUGAUGAUCACAUUAGUUCGAGCCUGCAUGAUAGUGAUAUCACAUGGGCGCCGAGCAUCAGCACAAUUAAAUAUUGGUAAUAUAAGCGAGUAUACCGAAGAUACCAUUGGUCAUCCGGUUUAUUUA